GAACGGAUUCGCUAGCAUUCCGUCUUCUACUAGGCCUCGUGUCUCGUGUGUGGCGGCGACAAGCGAGCAUAAAAGCGAAUCGGAAAGAAGCACCCAAGCAUCCUAAGUGUCCAACAAGGGUACCACCUGCGUGAAAAUUGAACUCGCAAUCUGCUUCUUGCGGCACCUACGAUGGACACAAAGGGUGGACGACCGAAUCAGUCAGUGAUUCCAGCGGAAAGAUCUCCCGAAAUUGUAGUUCAAAGUCGAUCCCCACACUCAUCGCUGGUGGAGGAAGAAGGAGUCCUUCCGCAGCAACUGGCCGACUCGUCGUUAAAUCACCAGUUGCUGGAACAGCUAAAUGGUCAGUACGAAAAACAGCUCCAGUUGGUCGCCAACGAACGGAUGGACGACGACGGGCUCAAGCUCUCCGUGUACGUAGAUUGGGUGGCCAGUCUGCGAACGAUCAACACCGAGCUGGUCGAGUCGUUGCGGGAGAUGCAAGACACCUGCCUGGAGCGGAUGCAGUUGAUGCGUGCCAACUACCUGAAGGAUUUGGUCCGCUUCGGACCCGACAUUCGGCUCAAACAGCUGCACCCGGUCGGUGGAGAUGUUGGCGACUUGGUAGGCCGUGGAGAAAACCAGAGCGACGAUCGGCCGGCCAGUGAUCGAACGGUAUCGCUCGAGCUUUCCUCAAACUAUCCGAUCGUUCCGACCACGGAUGGUAUGCUGCUGGGGGAGUUGGAACUUAAAUCACGCGAACUUGAGGAGCUGCGCAAGAAACUAGCCGACCAACGGCAACUUACGGACGACCGGGGUUUGAUGGUAGAACAGCUACGAAACUUGGCGAAAGAGAGGGACAAGCAGCUGGACGAUAAGUGCAAGGAGAUGGACAUACUGCAGCAUCAGAUCAGCUUACUGAACGCUCAGCUCGUGAAGGCAAAAAUGUCGGCGGCGGCCUUGACCGAUAACAAGAGUCUGAUUUCGGAGAUCACUGAUCACCACGAUAAGAUCACGCAGCUGAAGCAGAAGUUGAAGGAGCAGGAGGAUAAACUGCGCCAGGCCAAUAUUGCGAUUCAGUACCGGGACGGAAUAAUCUCACAUCAACGCCAAGAGAUCAAAAUGCUGAAUGAGCAAACAACAUUAUGCCCCGCCAGAACCGAUACGCCGUUGCAACACUGCACCUCGUCCGACUCCGAAGGUCUCGUCCUGCUGCCGGUCGCGUGUUCAUCCUCUGGCUACCAUUCCAUCCGGUCCGAUCCGGUAGACGGGUCAACGAUCGCGAGAGCCUCAUCGAACCAGUUUUUUGACACGAUACAGAAGCAAAGCGAAACGGAAUCGGAGUACGUGGCCAUGCUGAAGCAGGAGCUGUUCGACAUGCGGGAACAGCUUCAUGAGUACAAACGAUCGCACAGCGCUACUUGCAAUGCGGAGCGGUGUGCUUUAGAAUCGUUCGUCAAGGAUCGCGACACCAGCAAGGCUUUGCUACGUUUGCGAAACACCUGCGAGGAGUUACUGCAAAGUACCGAAAAGUUUUGCCUCGCUGAAACCGCGGCGGGUGAAACUGUCGCCAGCGGAAACGAAUUGCGGUUCGUGGAUGAUGAAGAACUGAUUGAAGCGCUGCGUGAUCGCUGUGAAGUGUUGUGCCGAAAGUUAGCGGAACACGCUGCCGGUGGUGAUCAGGAUGAAGGCAUUGGCAGUACGACCACAUCCCGGUUGGGAAACGUUUCGGAGGAUCAGCACCCACAAACGGUUUGCCACGAACGUCACUGUGCGGAAGUGGUCGUCGGGGCACUGGUGAUACCGGCCAAGCGUGUGCUGGGCAAGGAAACCGUCAACAGUGCCAGUGAAUCGUUGAGCUCGUUCUCGCUCGGACCGGAUGAAGGAUGUGCGAUGCAAGGGCUGAUCGACGAUCUGAAGAAAGAAAUCGAAUCGAAGGACUUGGUGUUGCGCGAUCGGCAUGUGGAACUGGAGCGGGCGGCAGAGAAGUUGGCCAGCCGCGACCGACAGCUGCAGCUGUGCCGGGCGAAACAGGAAGCGCUCGGUGGCCAAACGAUGACCCUACAAAACCGGAUCGAUGAUUUGGAACAAUCGGUGGACGAUCAAUGCCGGAUCGUUACAAUGUUGAAGGCCGAAAAUUCCAAACUCAUACAGCAAGCAGAGGAUCUGAAGGAAACGCUGCAGCAGUAUCGAGAUAAUUUGCAGAAAACCAGCGAGGAGAAGGUUGCUAUCGAGGACGAGUGCAAAAACCAGCUCGUCACGAUCUCUAAUCUGCGCGUUGCCUUAGAAGAAACGAAACGCAGUGGUAGCUCAUCUGUCAAUGUACUGCACGAGGUAGUGGAAAGUUUACAGCUCGAGGUGAUGCUUCUCAGUGAGCAGCUAAACGCGUCCUUCAAAGAGAAUAUCGCCAAAGACAACGAGCUAGACAACUACCGUGACUCCAAUCUGCAGCUUCGGUGCCAGCUGGCCGAGAUGAGCCGAGAGUUGGGAGACCUGAAGGAUAUGGCCGAGGCGGUUGACAUUCGCCACGAGCUAAGUGACCAAAAAUCUCUCUACUUUGCGCUGCUGAAGAAUGACGUUAAACAAAUGCAGGACCAGCUGAACGGUGUCCGGUGCGAAAUCGUUUCGAGGCAACAGGAUCUGGGACACUUGAGCUUUUUCCGGGAGAAGUGUGCCGAAAUGGAACGUAUUCACGAAGUGGAGCUAAGCCAGCAGCGUAGCAAACAUUCCAACGAACUGAAGGACCUGCGGCGUGAAAUCGAGCAAUUGAGCAAUCAGUUGGCCACCUCGAUGGACUCGAGCAAACAUCACGAACAGACGGUACAAGAGCUGGCCACACUGCAGGCGACAAUCCUAGAGCUGGGCGAUCAUAACGAGGUGCUGCAAAAGACGAUACAAUCCUACCAGGACAGCAUCGUUCAGCUCGAGCAACAGUUUGGCGCUUCCGACCAUCAGCUAUCGGGAGCGAAGCUGGAGCUGGAAGAGCUACGAUCGCGCUGCAAUGAGCAGGAGAACAAAAUUGGCAGUUUAAAGGCGGACAGGGACCGGCUGGUUGGCGAGCUGGCGACGCAUAAGCGAAUGUGCAAAUGUGGCUUCAAUAACGGAUCCGGUUCUCGCGAAAGGGCCAAAACACCUCUGUCGCACUCGCUGCAGAAGCAGUUGGAUGCGAAGACGAGAGAAGCAUCGCGUGCCCAGGAGGAGCUUCUUCAACGCUGCGAAGAGUGGAAAAAGCGCGAAGCCGAAUACGUGGUCCAACGGGUGCAGGCCACAGAGCAAGCAACCCGAUUGAUCGAACAGCUGAGUGAACUGAAAGGCCGGAACAGUAUCCUGGAGCAGUCGAUCUUUACCAAGUGCGAGCUGCUGGACCGCUUGCAGCACAAUCUGCGCGACGUAAAUCGGACGCUCGCAAUGAAGCUGGAUCUGCUGACGGAAGUGGAUACGAAGAAUGCCAACCUGGCGGAUGCGCUGGAAAAAGCACGCAAGGACGCACUGAUGUGUGAGAAACGCUGCAUGGAAGAGCUGAGUAACGUACGGCGUAGUUCGAUGGACCAGAAGAACCAACUACAGCAAUACGAGUCUCAGAAUGGUCGGUUGCGGGCGGAAGUUGACGCGUUGAGAGAGAAGUGUGAACACAUUGCGAAUGAGCGCGAGGCUUUGAAGGACGAAACGCAGGGACUGCGGGAACGAUUGGCAACGUUCGAAGGUAAAGAAAGCGCCCUUUGUGAGGUAGUGAAAUCGAACCAAAAUGAGCUUGCCAUUAAAUCAUCACGGCUGCUGGAAUUGGAGGAAACGAACCGCAAGCUAAGCCAAAACUAUCAGCAGGUGCAGGGCUUUAGUGCAGAUCUGAACAAACAGUACCAGCGGACGCAGUUGGAACUGGAGCAGAUGAAGGAGUGUUCGUCGAAGCUACUGGAGUUUAAGCAACAAACCCUUAACACGAAGGACAUCACUCGCAAAAGUAUAGCGGAGUGGAAGGAACGCGAAGCCCGGUACAAUCAGGAGAUAUUGCGGCUAAAGAAACGCACCGAAAUGCUCGAACAGGAUCGGACAAAGCUGGUUACCAAGCUGGAAGGAUACCAUCGCGAUAAUACGAUUCUCAGCAGAAGAGUGCACCAGGCGCAACAGCAGCCGGCGCGACAACAUUCGCCCUACGACGAGAACCGGAGAAGCAAUAACCUUACACCGCUGCACCAGACGUUUUACCCACCGGAAGCGUACAGAUUGGCGCGAUCGAGCAGUGAUCCUAACUGUAACGAGCCCAACGAUUUGCUGCACAAAGUGGAAUUCACUUGCAGCCAGUUGCAACAAAUCAGGAAGUUUUGGCAUCAAGGCAUCAAACAGGCGUUUCCAACGGAACCGUAG